UCAUGCUUAUAUAUCAAGCGAAAAUCGCGCUUAAGCUGUUCAUUUCCCGUUGGUUCAUAACAGCUGGUUAGUUCAGUUUAUAUUCGCCAGUAUGAAGCUACGCGUGUUGGUCUUCUUGACAUCAGCUCUGAUUGCUACCUACGAAUCCACAGGAAUGCGUUCUGAAGGCAUAGGACAUCCGGAAAGCAUUAUUAUUUCAGAUCUGAGCAAACUUGGACAAAAUCCUAUGCUGGAACAGAGAGAAGUGGAUGAACGCAGCUUCUCAGAGGAUGACCGAAUCUGUUUCUUUUUGACAGAGAAGGAUACAGAGAGCCAGAUAUCCUGUAAGCACCGCUUAACCCGCAGUAAAUUUAACUAUAAUCCAUUCGGGCUGCGCUUCGGGAAGCGAGAUGAACUACUCAAAUCAGACAAGAAAAGAAGAGUCAAGAAGCUGCUACCACUUCUGCUUUUUAUAGGAGAAUUAAAGGAGGCUUCAUGAAUACAUGAAUAACAUAAGUGACAUCUUUACAAACUGGAUUUUUUGUUUUAAUUUCUUAUUAUGAUGGACUGUGGGCAGUUGGUUUCUUUAAGUACUCUGUAUACUUUUUGGUUUGUUAUAAAACAGAAAAUACUGUACAAAA